AUGGCCGUCUUAAAUUUCACGCUGAGUGAGGAGGGGGUUGCCGUGUUCCACGACGCUCUUUCCUGCAUGUUCAAGUUCAGCGACGAUGUCUGUCUCGAGGCACGGAAAGACAAGUUGACUUUGACGACACUAAACAUUUCCAAAUCCGCUUACAUCUGCUUCUCCUUCUCGGCCCCCAGGUUUUUCUCGCGCUAUCAGUUUGAGGGCAAUGCCCAGUACCGGGAGAGGUUCUUCUGCCAGCUCUACAACAAGUCUCUUCUUUCGGUUUUCCGCACACGCCAGGGUGGAGACCAGGCCCGAGACGGCAGCGUUACAAUAGAGCGCUGCGAUGUGACAAUUAACGAUGGACCCAGCAAGAAGAGCCGUCUUGUGGCCAAAAUUGCCUGCAGGAACGGAAUCACGGCUUCGCAUUCGCUGUCGUUUGAAAUCAAGGCUCCGACGCAUGCCAAAUUUGACAAUACGGAGGCACAGAAUCGCUGGACAAUAUCGUCGAGAACGCUGCGCCAACUCAUGGAUCACUUUGGCCCCGGAAUCGAGCUCCUCGACAUUAACACAGACGACGAGACGCGAGUCGUAAAUUUCACGUGCUUCACAGAGAAGGUGCAAAAGCGCGGUGCCAAUGCCAACGAAGCUGUCCUCAAGAAGCCCCUUCACACUAACAUUGCUGUUGAGAUGGAUGAAUUUGACGAUGUACAGGUCAAGGACAAGCUGCACAUCAUCAUCAGCGUCAAGGAUUUCCGCGCCAUUCUCCAACAUGCCCAGAUUACCAGCGGCGAGCUAGCAACGUGGUACUCGAACCCGGGACGACCUAUGAAGCUAUCUUAUGGCGGAGACGGUAUCCUGUGCGAGUUCGUCCUGAUGACUGUUGGAGAAAAGGACGCCAUGAGCCAGAAGCACAAAAAUCCUCGGCCAAACGCAGCGAAGGCUGCCAGGUCAGAACUUGACUCAGUAUCGCAUCGUGACAGCUCUGUCACGAACGAAACCCGCCAGGCUCAAGCGAGUGCACCAAAACCGCCUCAGCAGAAAACACAAAUCCGACCCCGUCAACCGCAGUUCGAGAUCCGUCCGCAACCGAUGCCGUCUCCAGCCAGUAUAAGAUCCGACGCGCUGUUCGUCGGCCAGGCCGAUGAUGACCAGCUAUGGGAGCCCGUCAACCCGGGCGAGGAUGAGGACGAGGGCGACAAUGCGAGGCUGGAGUGGCGUGCAACUGACGAACCGGUAAUGUAA